AUGUUGGAGCGUGACGACAUCACAGAUGACUUGUCAACCAAUUCCAACGAUGUCUCUUUUUUUUCUUUCUUUUUUUCUUUCUUUCCUUCCUUGUUCUUUCUUUCUUUCUUUCUCUUUCUUUUUCCUUUUCUUUCUUUUUGCUUCUUUCUUUACUUCUUUCCUUCUUUCUUUCUUUCUUUCUUUCUUUCUUUCUUUCCUUCCUUCCUUCUUUGUUUCUUUCUUUCUUUCUCUGUUUCUCUGCUUCUUUCUUUUUCCUUCUUUUCUUUCUUUUUGCUUCUUUCUUUACUUCUUUCUUUCCUUCCCGGCCCAACCCGACCCCCCGGUAGAACACCGCCGCGUUUUAUUUCCCCCACCUCUGCAGGCAGCGAGAAGAAGUCGGGUUGCACAGGAGAGGGCGUGGGUGAAAUCAACCGGAGGUCAGUUCCACACUUACGUUUACUCCGUGAAUCCGGUUCAGGUCAGUCUAUUCAUAUCUAUCUAUUCAUUAUCUAUCUAUCUCGCAGUCUGUUCAUAUCUAUCUAUCUAUCCAUCUAUCUAUAUAUAUACUUAGUUCAUAUCUAUCUAUCUAUCUAUCUAUCUAUCUAUCUAUUUCCGGCUACUCAUGUUUAUCUAUCUAUCUAUCUAUCUAUCUAUCUAUCUAUCUAUCUAUCUAUCUAUCUAUCUCAAUUUCUUAAUAUGUAUCACAAUUCCUUCAUAUCUAUCUAUCUAUCUAUCUAUCUAUCUAUCUAUCUAUCUAUCUAUCUAUCUAUCUGUGCAUCCUAG